GACAGGAAGUAGACUCAGUUGUUGGCAAACACAAACCGAUACGGAGCAUUAUUUCAGCACCAGAAAUGAAUAUGAGGGCAGUGGGGAAAUAUUUUGACCGGCCUGACUGACGACAUGAGACAACCUCUGCUUCUUAUCAGUCUGUCCCUGGCAGUCCUUUCUGCCAAUGUGCUGGCUCAGGACCCGGUACAGAUCGAGUUCCAGACAGACCCAGUGCUGGUUCAAACUGGUACUGAUGUCGUAUUCACAGUGCUGACAGUGUCCCAGGUCCUGUCCAUGAACUGGCAGUACCAAGAAGUCCCUCUGGGUCUGUGGGCUGGAGGAGCCUCUGUGGUUAACCCGGUGCCCCAAUUCCAGGGCAGGCUCACCAUCUCUGCCACCCAGCUCCGAAUCGGAGGUGCCCAGCUCCGAGAUGCGGGGAACUACACGGUGGAGGUGACCCCCAUUAUUACAACCGGCCUGGUCGCUAACACCAGAUCGAUACAGCUGAGGGUGUUUGAUGCAGUGGCCGGGGUGAGUCUGUUUGUUCCCUCAAUAGCGAUUGAGGGGAAAAAUGUGUCUCUGAGUUGUACGUGGACUGCUGGGACGGAGAUUACAGUCCAGUGGGGCAAAGGAGGUGUAGCCAUCACAGCCAACUCCAGGAUUACCAUCUCUGACGGCUCACUGGUCAUCAACCCAGCCAUACGGAGCGAUACCGGGGAGUACACAUGUACUGUCAGCAACCUCGUCAGCGCCCAAACUGCCACACAGAGCCUCACUGUCUACUAUGGCCCUGACACCCCUGUGUUGACCAAGGAGACCCCAAAAAAGUGUGUCGGGGGAGGGGAUGUGUUGGUGGGACAGACGGCGCGUCUCACCUGCAUGUCUGACUCACUGCCCCCUGCCCUCUUCUCAUGGCAAUACAACGGACAGCCGGUCGCGUCCAUCCAGCCGGACAGCGGGGUGCUCAGCAUUCAGACUUUCUCAACCAAUGAGAGCGGCCAGUACGUCUGCACGGCCAGAAACAGUAUCACUGAAGCCACGUCGGAGCAGGGGACAGUCUUGGCCAUCGUAGACACGUGUCUAAAUGUAGGGGAAGUGGUGGGGAUUGUGAUUGGCUGUUUGCUGCUGAUCAUAAUCAUCAUUCUCCUCAUCGUGCUCAUUGUCUUUCUCAUACGAAGGAGGAGGGUACAACAGAGACAAAGAGACAUUGCAUUUGUGCCCAAGACCAACCCAAAUCCCAGGCCUAUACCUCCAGAUCCACAACCUAAUGGUGCAAGGGAUUUGGGCCAAGGUCCCCAUCCCCCCCUCUAUCACACACACACACGCCACCCUGACCACUUAUACACAAACCCGCGUGAAAACCGCAACAACCCACAGACGCUGCUGCCGAACGGCUUUCAUAACUCAGACACACACCAGCACAAUGGUCGACGAACCCCCACAAAUGGACUCCUACACAAUUCUAUUCAGAACACCAAUUCUUACCCACACAAUGGCAUUGACAACCCGGCUUUCACACACACUGAUGCUCAGAAUGCAAACACACUCCCGAACACACAGCAGCAAAAUCAUAACAUUGUCAUACAGGCUGGGGCUGCCCAGGGCGCUGCCCAGCCGCCAGCAGUCCACGUCAGCCUCAACACACAAAGUGCCCAGCAAAACAACAAUGCACAACUGCCCACCAUUCAUGUCAAUCUUAACUCAUACCCAACCAAUGGCCAACAGGCUCAGCAAGACAGCUCAUUUCCUCUCACCAACACAACCAAUAAUAACGCUUCAGAAACCCAACAAAACUCAUUACGUGCCAUGCAAUCAAAUCCCAUAAUGCAAAGUGGGCAGUCCUAUAUUGGUGACCCCCGGCUGAAUGAUCACAUAGAAGUAAGUCACCAAGGUCACCCUGAACUUAUUCCAACUCGAUACACACACUAUAACAGUAAUAACACUUCUCAGCGAAACGCCAAUACACAGACGUACCAGCAGGAGCCACACCCUCAUAGCAGGUCUGAGAGAAACUCAGGGAGACAUGAUGCCACUCCCAGCUCCUCCCGUCGACAGAUGCCAUGGGAUCGCUUCCGAGGGACACCAGCUUAUCCUGGAGGACAGACAUCAUCUGAGACCUCUGACACUACAGACUACACUACCCAUCCUCCCAUGCAAGGGGAAAGAACACCAAACAGAUCUCAGCCUCGACCUCAGAGCCAAACCACUUUGCAGAGCAGAGCUCCACCCAGACAAGAUGCACCAUCAGUGGACAGACAGACAAGGAGCCGUACAACUGAUCUUCGAGUCCCUAACACACGCAGUGUAACACAGCUUGAGGCUGCACACCACACACAGAGAAACCCCCGCACACAAAGGGAGAGUCCUCAGCGAGACAUCAGAGGUUCGCCUGGUAGCCAGACAGCCCCCAGGCAGGAAGCCACACACAGCAAUAACCCCCAGGCAAGGCCUCUCAUGAGCCAGCAGGCCUCUGUAGGUCGCUUUGCUGUGUCACAAGGACCCAUGACACAGCAGGGACUGACUGCACCACAGGGUGCAGAUACAAGAGCUUUGGCUGAUCCUAAUCACCUUCCACAGGCACACAUGGCCCAGCAACAUAGAGCAGCACCAAUCCAAAAACCACCACUAGGCCUGGGCACACAGACACAGGCUGUCAUACAUGGUGCCAGUCAACCUCGCCAAAGAGGCGCUGCUCCAGUCCCAUACUCUUCUGCCCAGCCCAAUCCCAGUAACCUAACCCAGGCUGCACUUACAGCCCACACUGAGAGGACUGAAACAUUUCAGAAUCGGAAACAACAGACCCAGGCUGCCUUGCUUCACCCCGGACCACAGGCACAAGCUCCUGCUGCUGGGGCUCAGCCCCCACCAACUCCUCCUCCUGUUAUCCCCCUCACGCAGUUUCAGACCCUCCCAAAGAAGCACACCCAACACAAAUCCCCAGUUAGAGGUCCUCAGCCCCCCAGACCUCCUGUUAACAUACCGGUGUCUCAACGUCACCUACAAGUACAACAUCGUCCCAAUCCUGCCACAAUGCCCACCAGCCAUCAUCACCAUCAUGGAAAUGCCCACAUGCAUGUCGGUGCACACAGGCAUGACCAUGCCCGUGGCCCCGGGCACCCUGCCCACUUCACCCACCCACGGCAGCAACAGGCUCACAGAGGAAGACCAAGAUGAUGACAGAUGUCAGCAGACUACACUCCAAAAUGUCCCGCAUCCACUGACACAAACAAACAGCUGACAGACGUGAUCCAAUAUACCACCAAGCAAGACUGACUGCACAAUGUUGUGUACUCAAAAAAGCUGUCAUUCCUUGCAAUCUCAGUCCUAAAGUCAUUUUUUUUUAAUAAAAGAUACAAACAUGUCUCUCUUGGGGAGGCUUGGUAUGCCCUUUUUUUGUAAAUACACUAAAUUAAAUAAGGUAAGUUAUACUGACGGAUUUCCAUAUGAAAUGAUCCUCUUCUCUCCAGACACAAACACUCACACACACGCUGAUACCUACACCCAGAUGUAUUGUACUAUUUUGACUUCUGAAGCACUGGUCAUGCAUCAAACUUUGGCAAGAGCCUGCUCAGAGUAGACAGGUUCAGUGAUCCAUAGCUCUUGACCAGGCUCGCAUCCCCUCAUCCAUUCAUCAUCUAAACUAAACAACACUACCUUGACAAAAUGCAUUUGAGGUGCUUGCAUGACCAUCUGUGUGCAUCUGACACUUAAGGAGAUCUAAUAGUGACAGACCGUAAAUGAGAAGGGACCCUGCACAAGAUGGACUUGUCCCCUGGGAACAGUGACAAUUAUGAAAAAAUAAAUUAGGCGUAGGGGUGGUCUUAAUGUACACGGACCUAUUUAUUUUGUGCCUUCUGUUUACAGAUGCCUUUCAUGACACUUCUCAAUUAAGGGGAUUCGCCUCAGUGGCACUCAGAAGUAAUGCUCAGCUAACUAUGAAGGGGAUCCCAUGAAUGGAUGGGCGCUUAUUAAUUAAAUGCUUUUAUGCGACUUAAAUGACUUGGAAAAUAAUCACACCCGUGCAUGAAUGAGGUCAGCACAAAGACCUGAGCUGCCACGCUUUCUGCUGAAAAAGCACUGUGUAACAAUUCACUGUCUGCACUGGGUCAUGGACAGCACAUUAAAAAACAAUGAGAUGUCAUUAUUACUUUUAUGUAUUAUUAUGUAUUUAUUGAAUUAUUAUAAUUGUGUUUGGGAGUAUUUGUACAAUUUAUUUUUAUUAGGUUGCACCAAUUGAUAUCAAUGUUUAUUAAUUUAUACAUUUUAAUGAUUAUGCUGGUAUUAUUCUAUAUUUCUCUUAUUGUCAAAUCCCAAGAUAUAGUCACAGAAAGAAAGCUGUUAGUAUAAGUCUGCCAUUAGGUUACUAUUUCAGUUUCAUUCUCCUCCCUUCCUGCUGUCUUCUGACGCUAUUGUGCAAGAGCACAGUUUCUGCAUCCUGGCUUUAGCGCUGCCUAAGACAAUUGUGAUUAGUUUAAAGAAAUACAAACAAACCAGUGUUUUUUUCCCCUCUACCAGAAUGAUAAUGGGUUCAGCCAGACUACCCGUGACAAGACCAAAACCAACAAUGAACAGAUCUUUUUAACAAGUAUUGUCCCUGUUGCCAAAAUGUGAUACAUCUCAUUCCUCCGUGCCGUAGAGCUCCAUUGUUACUAAUGAAUACACAUCAAUGAGCCAAACAGUUGCGCUGUGUGACUUGGUCCAUUAUUUCCAUAAACAUGGACACUGUAGUUAAAUAAAGCCAAUUGAAUGAACACUGUCGUGCUCCUGUAAAUUCUCACUAGAGCACCCAAUGUGUAUUCAUUCCUUGCUAAAAAUAGUCCCCAACAAAUGCCCUAUUUAUUGCUGUAAAAGCUAACAGUGUCCAGCUGUUGUAGGAAAUUACUUAACCUUUUUUCAAAACCAAACUAUAAAUUUUAGACCUGUUUUGAAAUAUCUAUGUCUUCGUUAGAAAAUGUCUGAAUACGUUUGACUUCCCUAUCCUGUUUGUGGUUCUCAGAGAUGGACCAAUGCAGUUAUUUUUUGGGACUUGUUGACGAUGAGAAAACAGAAUAAUCCCAGUCUUAUUGUUUAAUAUCAGAAUACAUAAACUCAACAGUUGAAAAAAUGUUGUUUUUGAAAAGUGAAUGCUUCUAAAUAGUUUAUACAGAUGUUGAUUGUUGAUCAUUUUGUGAUUCUACAAGCACAGUAUUUAACUUUGCUCCUCAGGAAGGAUUUAUACAUUGUUUGGGGUUUAUGAAUUGUUCCAAGAUCUUUUUUAAUCAGUCAUAAUAAAAACAUUUGUUUUUAUGUGUGUUUGCAUAUAACUUAGGUGAAGUCUACUGUUGCAUAAAGAACUUUCAAAUUCUG